GCGAUGUACUGUUUAUCUCGCGGCGAUGUAAUGUUCAUCUCGCAUGUUAUCUAGGAAGUUUACAAGUAAACAACAAUUUAUAGAAAGAAAGUUUACAAUUGCAUUCAAGUGAGACGUGUCCGUGAUAACUGACGGAAUAGCAGAGGUUUUAUAGAAGUUUAUGGUGAAAAAUUAAAUAAUCCAUGCCAUAUAAGGUUACAAUGUCUCGGACAUCUUUGCUGUCAUUUCCUGUUGCUGUGUUUAUAUUUUGCGGACUUUUGUUCGGUAAAAGUAUUUCAGGUUUGGUGUUCUACACUGAAACAUUGACAGGUGAUCCAGAGACUUUAACAAUAUUGUGUAACGUAACUGGACCAGACAUUGGAGCCAUAUAUACUAUAGAGAUCCAGCGAGAAAUUCAGUUCUUACCGAGUACAUUCGAAACCGUCGUAAAGAUGGAAGUAAUUUCAGAUGAAACACCGACACUGCAAAAAGAAAUAAUACAUGACAAAUAUUUCGUCCCGUGUGGUACAUUUGACAAAACUACACCAAACAACUCAUACCUUGGAUUGAAAAUGUACAUACAGCAAUUUUCAUGCAGAGAGGUUUUUGUAUUCAGAUGUGAAAUGACAUAUAGAAAUAGCACUACUGGUUUGAAUACUACAGUUACACGAAAACUGUCUGAUAGUGUGUUACCCAUAAUACAUACAAUACGAGGACAGAAAAACGGUCGUGUAAUAAAAGGGCAGCCGGCUUCUUUUGAUAUCAAUGACAAAUUAGAACUGACUUGCUCUAUUGUCUCUCAAACCAUUGAAGGUGUAGAACUGUUUUGGCAGAAAAUGAUUGGAUCUCUGGUUACAGAAGAAUAUACAGGACAUCAAUAUUUGGAGUGUAGUAGUUCUCAUUGUACAAACAAAAAUCUGAACCUGUGUUGUCAUUUACAAACAACAAUAAAAUAUUUCAUCACAACUGCGGGCGCAAAAUGUAAUUUGACUUUUCAGUGUAUUAUGUCGGAUUAUUCAGAUCCACAUGAAGGAUAUUCAGUUACAAUCGGGAAACAGUUCCACGCUUAUUUCUCAUCUGACCGUAAUACGAAGGAAUCUGGAGGUUACAUGAAGAAGUCGGUGGUUUUGAUUUGCAUCGUUUUGGGAGCGAAAUAUGGUUGUACUCUCUCCUAUAAGUUUUACAUUAGAUUUUUAAAAAGACGAGGAAGUGUAUGAAGAUGGACAUUUGCUAGCGCUGCGUAAAUGGUGCAAGUUGUUAAACAAAUUCUAUUUUUAACAUUCUUGCAUACACGUGUAUACUUAAUUCAGUAAGACUAAAAACAUUUAAAUCAAAUCUUCCGGAAAACGGAACUAUUCUGCUAUGCCUGUGGCUAAAAAUAUUUGGGCCCCCUCUUUAACUAGUUCCAGCCUUUUGUUAGGAGAAGCCAUAUGUCUGGCUAGUGAUAGUCCAGCGGUGUCUUUGAUGCCAUCAUGUGAAUAUGAUUAGCAAUAGAAAUGAAAGUAAUUAAUUAUUCUUUGUUUCUGAUGAAUUGUCGGAGUUUUGUAAUAAACAAUAUGCAUUUAAAUUUUAUGAUAAAGAAAAUUCUCAUUAUACAUAUAUGAUGUUAAAUAGUAUUCAGUAGUUUAUAUAUGCUUAACAUUUAAUUAGUACACUUAUAUCAUUAAGCAGGUUUCUUUUAGUAUGUUUUUCAUUUUGUAGAGAAAAUUAGACAAAUUCUUUAUUCCAUGAGUUAAAGAUACAGACACUUAAAAGUUUUAUGAUAAUCCUUUCGUCUGUGCUUACCAGACAAUCAGUCCCUUUUAACUUACAUAUAGAAAACUUAUUACUUUUUUAUAUGGGAAGAUUGCUGUUCGGUCAAUGGAUAGUUUCGAUGCUGUUGAGUUUGAUUUGCCCAUCGAUGCUUUGGUUACGUCACUGCUUCUGUGGUGGUGGCAUGGGCGCCUUGGGGUAAAUGAUGGUCAACAAUAUGGAAACUACACAUCUUGAUGUAAAAAUUCAUGUUUUAUACUGUUUUAGUGUCUCAUAAGUCAGUAAUGGCUGGAUGUAAAACUGUUUUUAACGUGACUGUUUUAUACAUUAUGUAAAAUUCUAUGAAUGUUUUACAUGUGACACUUUAAUAAAAUAUAAAGUUGUAAGUUUAUAUAACCUCAAUAUAUAUACAUGUGAAUAUUCGAAUCUUUUUUGUCUAAUUACAAUAUUGUGACUGAUCCGUAUUAGUGUCAGUUAAUUGAAACAAUAGAAGUUCUUGCGUGACAAAGAAACUGAGAGUGAGUUAAUAGUUUUUCUUGUAAGGAACAAGCAUAAGAAUAGUUCCUCUGUUUCAGCUGUUUGUUAAUAUUACUAUACUGAAAACAAUUUUGAGAAGGCUACGAUCGUUGCUGGUAAUAUUUAUGAAUAAUUCAUGGCAUCUAGUUGUUCGACGGUUAUAAUUAUCGACACGUAUUACACGUACGUGCACCAAAUUAUUAACGAUACACUGUGAUUGACAUAAAGAAUGUGAAAUUCGGCGGCGACGGUAAAAUAAAAGUGUUUUCUAGGCAUAAAUGUUGGCAUAGUGUGAAGAACACGGAACUUGAAGAAUGCGUGAAAAAUACGUAACGUGAAAAACACGUUAAGAAUGCGGGUGCACAAACGUCGCCCCUGUGCGUUCAGAUAUCAUAAAUGUGUAGUCACAUACAUUACAUGUAUCACAUCGUGUAUGUAACUCAGUUCUUCUUUUCGAUUUGAACAUUUUAUCGAAACUACAGUUAUGGGUCAAAUAUAAGUUGGAAUGCUUACAAGUCUAUGGGAAAAACUGGUUUGUAAACUUUAAUUUGGUAUACAAUGACAAACGUUUAAUUGUUGUAGUGGCCACCGGCCCAAAAUCAGUAUAUGCAUGUAUAUACAAACAACAGAAUACCUUUAUGCAUGUAACUGUACCGUGAUUAACUACAAAGUUAAAUUAACACGAAAAAGGUUAAAUUACCACAAAAAGACUGAAUUAUCACAAAAAGGUUAUGAUUUGGGGA